CUGGGACAGCUGUCGAUAACUUGCUAUCGAAAUAUACAAGAGAAAUAUACAAAUCAUUGGCAAAUUGGGAUUUUACGCAUUUUGAAUUCGAUCGUAUCGCCAGGAAACACGUGUAAAAUAGUUGAUUUCCGAUCGGGCAGCAAGUGCAGCACAGCCACCGCGGAAUCUCAGCAUUCCGACCGCCGCCGCAGCCAGGUGAAGAAUGCGGAGGAGCGUCGACUGAGCAAGCAGAACCAAAAGGCUGGUGGAUUCAAUCCGAUCCGGACACAAAAGCAAACCAAAAGCGCAGCGUCAUGUUCGGAUUCGACGGCGAGUACCGCCGCAGGCCGGUGCAAAGUCUGGGCGGAGCCUCGCACACCUGCGACCGGGACACUGUCAUCCGGAAGGCGGCCCUGGAGCGCCAGAAGCGCAACGAGCUGCGCCAGAAGGAGAACGGGGCGGUGCUGCUGCAGUCUUACGCCCGCUCCUUCAUCCACCGUCAGCGGCGCAAGCGAGCGGAACGGGAGGCUUUCGACGUCUACCUAAUGGGCCACAAGGAUCGUAUCGUGGAGGAUGAAAGUCUUACCUUCCUCUUGCGGCGCCUCAACUUCUUCUACAGCAGCCGGGAGGCCAAGGACAGCGAACGACUGAUUGAGGUCUGUCAACAGAUUCUUCGCCAGCCCGCUCGUCUGCUGCAGCAUUCCUCCCCUGACUCUAUGUGGCUUCUGAGACUCUGCAAGCUGCUGGACACUUGCCUGCUACAGCUUAGUCUGUCGCACACGCCCCAGGCCAUUCCACUACGCAUGCUGGAAACCUUUACCACCGUGUCCUCUGUCCAGCGUUAUAUGGAGGAUGAGACUGUGUUGUUUCAGUAUCUGGAGCGCGUCUUUGGCUUCCUGAUUGCCCGUAACUACUUUGUGCGACUGCGACGGCUACUGGACGACAAGUGUCCGCCGCUAGACGGAGAGACCCUGCAAGCCCCGAGUCCGCUGGCUGAGGCCCUGCUCCAGUUGUUGCUACGACCGCUGGAAGUAGCUAAGAGGGCCUCCGCCGGCGGCCAGAUGUCGCCUAUGUCGAUGGCGGUUUGCCAGAGCUUCACUCGGGACAUCUUGGCCACGCCGCACACGGAUCCUCUGCGAUACUUUGUGCUACCCUGCUUUGCGCUGAAUGUGGACUUCCCAUUUGAUUUGCUGAUGCGUUCGCUCUUCGACGCACUGGAGGCAGCUGGACCAGCGGAAUCGGACAGCACGUCCAGCCGGCGCAGCUUUCUCUUCCACGGUGCAGAAACGGGUCAAAAGGCUAAGCGGAUUGACUCGAUUUUCUCGUCCUUUCUACUCAACUCCCUCAUGGUUCUCGAUCGUAGGCAAUUGGCCACGCUGCAGCAGAGCCCUCUGCUGGUGAUCUACGUCCGCCUCAUUGCCGAAAUGAUGCCCAACAUUCUGCAGCUACCGAAGUCUACGCUUCGCGGCCACGCCAAUGCCCCACAUCGUCACAGGGACGGCGAUGACGAUUCCGAGGACUCGGAUGAGGAGGACGAAGGGCUGCCAGCGGCUCGAACCCUGGACUACGAUAUGGAACAGACUUGUCGGACUAGCGGGGAACUGAGUGUCAAAGAGCGCGACUGUCUCUUGGAGUCCAUUGCCAUACUGAACGAAACGGAGCGGGUGGACUUCAUUGUUCAGCAGCUAGAUCCGCACAUUGAGAACAGUCACCUCAUUUAUGCGCUUUGCGAGAUCUGUCACAAUCUGAUGAUAUACAACAAGCAUGCGGUCUUCGAGUACAAAUUACUCUAUACGUUGGCUUUCACUCCAAAAUUCAUACGGGCUGUGUGGUUUAAGUUGGCUGCAGAGUCCACUCAACUAGGUUUCUCUGCUCCACUAACCCUUAUUUCCAAGGGAGUUGUGCCCAAACAUCAGGGAGUGGAUCGCACUAUUCCUCUCUUGGCCACUUUCUGCAUGCUUUUUGGACGCCUGCUGCCGACUCUGCAUGAUGUCGAGUUCGUAGAGGACAAGUUGCUGCUGCAGGUGCAGACCACCAUCAACCACGUGCGACUCAUGCCCUUUUCCAUAGCGGAAAUUGUCCAAAUGUCCAAGACGCUGAAGGACAUCAGUAUGGGCCUAGUGGAGCUGGCUUUUCCAGAGACCCGUAGCAAUCUGGCCAACUACCGCAAGGUCCUGGGUCACACGGAGGCCGACGACAAGAAGUUGCGGCAUCAGAAACAAAUCUGGGCCAACCUGCUCAAUGUGGUCGUCUUUGUGCUCAACCAGAUCCACACACGCGACCUGCGCUUAGGAUUCUGUCCGGAGGCUCACUGGACCGUCACCCGGCUCGAUUUACCACUGGAUAGACCCACAGAUCUUCCGCUGACCCAUAGCAGUCGUCUGCGUGGAAUACGACCCUUUCAGCCGAUUCGAGACUUCACUCGGGAAGACUUCGAGAACGGGCCACCCAUGUCAACGAAACAGAUCCGCUCGAUAACCAUUUUGCGCGAGAUCCCCUUUGUGGUGGCCUUUAACAAGCGCGUCAGCAUUCUGCAGAGCUUGGUUGCUGCCAACAAGAUGCGGGUGCAGGGCAAUAUGCAAGCCUUUCUCCAAGGGCCCUCCGUGCUGAUCACUGUCAGGCGGUCACAUCUCUACGAGGACGCCUACGACAAGUUGCGCCCGGAAAAUGAACCGGAUCUGCGCUUUAAGUUCCGCAUACAGUUUGUUUCCUCGCUCGGUCUCGAUGAGGCAGGCAUCGAUGGUGGUGGAGUUUUUCGUGAGUUUCUGUCGGAACUGAUUAAAACAGCGUUUGAUCCCAACCGUGGAUUCUUUAUGGUGACCACGGACAACAAGCUAUAUCCCAAUCCGAAUGUGGCCGAUCUCUUCGAAGACUACGAGAAGCACUACUAUUUUAUUGGCCGCAUCCUGGGCAAGUCCAUAUAUGAAAACCUUUUGGUCGAACUGCCAUUGGCCGAGUUCUUCCUUACCAAGCUGGCUGGUAAAUACUCCGAUGUGGACAUCCACCAGUUGGCCUCCCUGGACCCGGAGCUGUACCGCAAUCUACUUUACUUGAAGGACUACUCGGGCGAUGUAAGCGAAUUAAACUUGGACUUCACCGUGGCAAGCAGUUCGCUGGGUCAGACGCAGAUCGUGGAGCUGAAGCCGCAGGGCCAAAGCAUUCCCGUGACCAACUCAAAUCGCAUUGAGUACCUGCAGUUGAUAGCCGACUACAAGCUCAACGUGCAGAUACGUAGUCACUGCAACGCCUUCCGAAAGGGUCUGUCCAACGUUCUGCCCAUCGAAUGGCUGUACAUGUUCAGCAACAAGGAGCUGCAAAUACUCAUCUCGGGUGCUGAGAUACCCAUUGACUUGGAGGAUCUCAAGAGGCACUGCGAAUACGGCGGUGAAUUCACUCCGGAGCACCCCUCGAUUGUGGCAUUCUGGGAGGUGUUGGAAGGUUUCGAUGAUCUGCAGCGCCGGCAGCUGCUUAAAUUUGUCACCAGUUGCUCCAGGCCGCCGUUGUUGGGCUUUAAGGACCUGGACCCACCAUUCUUUAUCCAAAACACGGGAGAUAUGGAACGUCUGCCCACGGCCAGCACCUGCACCAAUCUGCUGAAGCUUCCGCCCUUCAAAACCGUCGAACAAAUGCGCGAGAAGCUACUCUAUGCCAUACAGUCUGGCGCUGGUUUCGAACUAAGCUAAACUGUCACUCCCCAGAGACCCCGAAAACAUAUCCAAUUAUCACAGCCCCCACAGACGAAUACGAAAUCCCAUACAAUCCACCCACCUGGCAGUGCGAAUGGAUCGCAGGACGGCAUGUUGACAGGCAGGAAAACUAUUCCAGUUAAUCUAUUACCAAUGUACAUUUGAUUACCGCAAUUGCUUAGUGUAAAGUAUCAAGCUUA